AUGCAAUCUCCUGAAACUAUGCAGCGACAGCCAGUUAGUUUUUGCAGCCAAACAAAUCCUGACCCUCUCUACUUCAACCGCCUGAUGAUGGUGCAAGAACGCUACAUGCAAGAAAAUCGUCCUCACAACCUCCAAUCAGCUUGGGACGAUGAUGAUCAUCCAGAGUACUACUCAACACCUCGGGUGGAUUCCGAAUAUGGGCGAGAAAACAUUCAACCUCGUUUGGAGGAUGAGGUUCAAAGGGAAAAUUAUCCCGCCGAGGAUAACCAUGUUGAAGAAGAAGAAUCCGAUGAUGAUCAGCCACAGCCACAGCCACAGCCACUAGUAGUUCUCUUUAUGAUGGGUGAUGAAGAAGAGUUGGCUAAUUUGGAUGGAGAGUUCAUCAGGAUUUCAGAGAUAUCUUUCCUGGAAGCAUCGGAAAGAUCUGGCCAAUAUAGCAAUUUGAAUGAAGAAACCAUAUUGAAGAAUCUCAGGACCAGACAAUAUCGAACAUCGGCUGAUCGUGAUGGAGAUGAAACGGGUGAUAUUUGUGUUGUCUGCCAAAGUGGAUUCGAGGACGAGGAGAUAAUUGCAAAACUUGGAUGCGGACAUGAAUACCAUUCUGAUUGCGUCAACAGAUGGUUGCAGCAUAGGAACGUUUGUCCAAUCUGCAAGCGCACGGCAAUUGAAGAAGACAGCAGCUAA